CCAGUUCUGCGAGCUCCGUGUCUCUGCCGCCACCUGCUCCCGCCUGGCCGGAUCGGAUCCGAGCCGAACCAUGGAACCGGGACAGCCCCGGGAGGUCCGUGAACCCGGGCCAGGGGCAGAAACCGCUGUGGCGCCGCGCUGGGAGGAGGCCAAGACUUUCUAUGACAAUCUCUCGCCCAAGAAGAAACCCAAAUCGCCAAAGCCUCAGAAUGCGGUCACCAUCGCUGUGUCCUCCAGAGCCUUGUUUCGCAUGGAUGAGGAGCAGAGGAUCUACACGGAGCAGGGGGUGGAGGAGUAUGUGCGGUACCAGCUGGAGCACGAGAAUGAGCCCUUCAGUCCCGGGCCAGCCUUCCCCUUUGUGAAGGCCCUGGAGGCUGUGAACAAGCGGCUUCGGGAGCUGUAUCCCGAUAGUGAAGAUGUUUUUGACAUUGUCCUCAUGACCAACAACCAUGCUCAAGUGGGAGUCCGUCUCAUCAACAGUAUCAACCACUAUGACCUGUUCAUUGAGCGAUUCUGCAUGACAGGUGGGAACAGCCCCAUCUGCUACCUCAAGGCCUAUCACACCAACCUCUACCUGUCAGCUGAUGCAGAAAAAGUGCGAGAAGCCAUUGAUGAGGGGAUUGCUGCUGCCACCAUCUUCAGCCCCAGCAGGGACGUGGUUGUGUCCCAGAGUCAGCUCCGCGUGGCCUUCGAUGGGGACGCUGUGCUCUUCUCUGACGAGUCAGAGCGCAUUGUCAAGGCCCAUGGACUGGACAGAUUCUUCGAGCAUGAGAAGGCCCACGAGAACAAACCUUUGGCACAGGGCCCCCUAAAAGGCUUUCUGGAAGCACUCGGUAGACUGCAGAAGAAAUUCUACUCCAAAGGCCUGCGGCUGGAGUGCCCGAUUCGUACUUACUUGGUGACAGCACGCAGUGCAGCCAGUUCUGGGGCUCGGGCCCUCAAGACCCUGCGAAGCUGGGGCCUGGAGACCGAUGAGGCCUUAUUCCUAGCUGGAGCACCCAAGGGCCCCCUUCUGGAGAAGAUCCGCCCACACAUCUUCUUUGAUGACCAGAUGUUUCAUGUGGCUGGGGCACAGGAGAUGGGCACAGUGGCUGCCCAUGUGCCUUACGGUGUAGCCCAGACACCCCGGCGGGCAGCUGCAGCUAAGCAGACUCUAGGGUCACAGUAGUAGGGUCAGCUCGUUGUGGGCUCCCUGACGUACUUCCGAACCUCAUCUGGUGACCUUUCCUGGCUUCUCGCUGUCCACCGUCCUGCCUGCUGCCCUCUUCCCUCUGCUCAGAUACUCCAAGGAAUUUAGGAAGUCUGGGCCAGCAUUCUCACAGUCCCUGCUGGGCAAACACUGCCACGAUCCUAGCGAGGAAAGCAGGACUCGGCAGGGUAGUUUGGAGAAAUUGGUAGGACGGAGAGCGGCACAGUCAGAGAAGCCAGGAUGCCAAAGGGCUUGGGAUGAAAACUGUCACAUGUAGUGUGAAGAGCACUGUGCAGGAGAGGCUGGAUUAAGGCAUGGACUGCAUGACUUAAGUCCCUCUUUUUUGUAAGCCUCAGUUUACUCUCCCCGCUUUAAGUGGUUUCCAAGCUGUCCUUUAGUCAAAGCUUGGUUUUACAAGAUGAUGCCCUAAAUGAAUCCUGUGCCGGGGCUGCUGGUCCCUAUGGCACCUGUGUAGAUUACAAGAUAACGCUCUGUCUAGGUGAAUGAAUGACAAAAAUGAUGGCCCUUCCUCUGGCCCAAGCCUGGCCAUUGGCUAGAUUCCAGACCUUGGCUCCUCAGCCCUUCAGCCCAUCAGAUGGGAAAUUCGCACGGUGCUGCACAGCAGCCCUGCCUAUAUCUUGCCAUGCUUGGGAACCACUGCACGGGGUGACCUGUUGUUUCCUGUGACUUGCUAACCUGAGCGAAACUGACUGUCUGUUGCCAGCUGGAAGGUUUGUGGGGAAAAAAUGAUGGGAGGAAUGUACCCUACGUGCAAAUUCUCCCCUAGCCAGCAGGGGGCACUGCAGGCUCCUCCUGGAUUGCGCUUUAGUGGCUUAACAACUGGUGGGUGGGGGGGGGGUUCCUGUGCUUUCAGUUUUUAGGUAAAGUUCGGCAGUUCUGCCUGCCAACCUCCUCACCUCAGUCCUGGGUCUACCAGCCACUGCCACCUACCAUGCUGUAAGAAAGGUCUCCCAGCAACCAAAGAGCACUCCAGCCCCAAAUAUGGAGAAACCACAGGCUCUAAAUGAGUGAUUGUCCAGAUUGAGUCUGAAGGCAAGCUGCUGCAGGGAGACUGGGAAGUGUCAGGUCUGAUCUUAUCUGAACCCAAAGACACUAAGGACGUGCCGGCUUAGAGAGGGAUGCGCUGAACGUGCACCAGCAUGAUGCUGCUGUGGAGAAGGAAAAGCCAGUCAGAGCUACCCUGGAGGUGAUGAGCUGUCACUGGGGUGUGGUACAAAGGACUCUGGGAUGAACCGGCCCCCUGAGAGGUACCAGUGAUGACUCCACCUUUGCGUGAAACCAGGCAGCCCUUUCUUCUCCACAUGAUGAGUGAUGGUCACCUCCUCCUUUGUUAAGCAGCCCUGGCACUCAGAGGAAGGGUGAAAGACUAGAUGCUUGGUUCCCUAAGAAGACAAGCAGGUACAUGUAUUUGUGCACCGAUUGCCUGGCUCCCACAGGGAUUUCAGCAAUGGGGAAACCCAAAGCAUCAUCAGAGGGCCAGGACAGGGCCUGGAAAUGGGGAGAAGGGCAACCGGAGACUCUGACCUCUGCCUUUCUAAGCAUUUGACUCAGGAUCUGAACGAGAACAUGUUCUGAGCAGUGUGUCUCAGGGUAGCAGCUGCAGGAAGGAGGAUGAAGAAGGCUCAGGAGCUCCUGGAAAUGAGAACCAGCUUGGGCCAAGCGAGAAACACGGGGUUGAACGUGCACCUGUGUCUGCAGCAUGUGGACACUGUUCCUGUGUGUGUCUGCAGCAUGUCGACGCGGUUCCGGUCUGUGUCUGCAGCAUGCGGAUGCGGUUCCCGUCUGUUUCUACAGCAUGCGGAUGCAGUUCCUGUCUGUGUUGCAGCAUGCAGAUGCGGUUCCCAUCUGUGUUACAUGCAAACAUUGUUCCUGGAAAGCGGUGAUGCACGUGAGAUAGACAGAGCUGCUUUAUGGAGCCACUGGCAUUAUUGCACCCAGGAGGGCACAAAGCAAAGGUGUUUCUGCACAGGGUCAUUUUCAUCAUUAUAGCAGGACCCUUCCAGCCAAGCAGAGGAGGCCUGGGGUAGAACAAAGUCUGUAAGAGGCUUCCUCCACUACUGGUUCUCCAUGAUAGACCAGAGAUGCUGCACAACGUAGGAGCAGCUGCAAGGGAAUGAAGUGGGGGGUGAGAGGGGAAGCUCAGCCACGGGGCACUUUCCGUCUUCCUUAGAUCACACGGUAGCCGUCUGCCGUGAGGGCAUCGUCACCCCCUUGAAGGGUCCCUUCCUCAAGGCUCAGUCAGUGGUCACAAGAAGCUUGUAGAGAUGUGCAGAAUGAAGGCUCACAGAGUGUCCUUAUGGUGCCCAGUCAAAAAGACUGGGCUGAAGACAGCACCGGAUGUGCUGGGAUGCAGGAGGCUUAGUGGCCAGGGCCUGGUCAUGAAUAUGGCAAACGUUUGCAGGUUUCUCAGGAAACAGGAAUGGUACCAUGCCAGAAGCAAGAAGAUAAGGUGCAGUCAAAGCUACGGAUUUCAUGGGAGACACCAUGAGUAGAUACAGACAGCCCUGGGCAGCGCAGAAAGGUUUGAAUUCUAUUACCGAAACUAAAUCGAGCAUCUCAAGCCUGGGCAAAAGCUUCUGGAGCUGGACUAAAAGGCCAGAAGUCCUGGGGGCAGGCUCCAGCUGCAGCCGCACAGUCCUCCUGAUGGACUCGAGGGCUGAAGAGGAGCCUGGCAGCACGAAGCAUUGUUUAUUGUGUUACCAGUAGAUUUAAAAACCAGCUGAGCAUCAAAGCUCCAGGCCCAACCUCAGACCGCAGCACUGGGGCAGAAGAGCCAACCGCUCCCAGAACUCUGGACGCCUUUAGCUGGAAGCACCACAUCCCUAGGUCUGGCAGAACACUCCUCCUAGGAGGUGCUUGCCAACCGAGUCCCAGGCCCUGUGGAACUGCCACUCAGCAGAACAGUAGCUCUGUUUGUUAUUAAGCCUGGAGACUGCUAAGAUUACUACAGAAUGCCCUUCGGGGGAGGGAGAGGAAGCUGGGCAUCUGGCUCAGCUAGCAGAGUGCUUACCUACUGAAUACAAAAGCCUGGGUUCAACCCACAGCACUGCACAAGCUAGAUAUGACGGUGCACACCUACAACUCCAACACUGGAGAGGUGGAAGCAGGAGGGGUCAGAAGGUCAAGGUGGUUCUCAGCUGCGUAGCCAGUCCAAGUCCAGUGUGGGCAGCAUGAGACCCCAUCGCAAGAAGAAAAACGCAAACCCUCCCCUACAUGACAGUCGACUACAUUAGUGGGAAUGCAGCAGAAAGAGCUAAGAAGCUAGCAAGAAGUUCAAGUCCAUGACAGACUACACCUCUGUUCGAUUGGAGUGCAGUAAAGUGAUGAUCAGAAUACCAAAGCCCCUCCACAGCAUGUGGUAAAUAGCCCUGCCCCAAAUGUGUCCCUGGGUAUCCCUUGGUAACCUCAGAAACCCUGGCCCCUCCACGGGGAAUCCUGUAUCUUCCUGUGAUCCAGUCUGCUUGAGGAGAUACCAGCGCUGUGGCAAUUUCUACCCUCUUGAGGUGUCCAGGACGCAGUGAUUUGGGGAGCUAUUGUAACUUGCUCAAAGUUGCCCAGCUCGUAGGUAGCAGUGCUCGGACUAUCUGAUGCUGAGACUUGGAUAUCCAUCAUUUCCCAUACAGUGACCAGAGAAGCUCCAUUCUGAGGUCUUCACUGGAAGAACUCGCCCGAAGCUGACUUGUUGAAAAGCUGGGACACAUUUGAACAGGUACAUUCUGGUUUGAGUUGCCUCGCUGACAGUGAUGUAAAUUAGCUCAAGGGCAGUCCUUCUAAACCGCUUUUGAACAACUUCAAGCUAUGUGAAACUCAGUUUGCAGAUCAUUGAGUUGAGCUAAUAAGGGGUGAGGCCAAAUUGGAUCCAUUUCCUAUUGUCAUAAAGAAGCUUCUGUUGUUUUAAAUAUCACAUCCACUGGCUUACGGAUACACCACAGCAGCAGAACUCGAUGGUACCAACAGAAACUCCAAAGCCAAAAGAAUACUUAUUAUCUGACCCUCUUACAGAGAAUGUCUGCUGACCCUUGCAUCAAGGUAAACACCCUGGCCCACUGGGACAAACAAGGUUAUUUCCUUCUAAGCAUUUAAGGACAGAAAUCAACUCCCUAGCUAAAGGAGGCAGGGAGAGAUGGGGACUUAACAACUAUCUAACCCUUUCAUGAUACUCAAGGAUUUAAAAUUCCAAGUACUGUAAAUUGCAAGUUGGUUGAUGCAUACAUUUGACACGAGUCAGACUGAAUUCACCCUCUCAAGCUGAUGGGUGAGGGACCAGGAACAUGACCUUGGCUACAGGUGGCUUUGCUGGUUCCCCAACACCCAUCCCUGCAGCUGUCUCCUUAGCUCCUCAUUGGCCCCAUGGGGUCUCUUGAGCCCUAAUGAGGGCUGGUAAGUGAAUGGCUGUAAAACAUGGGCUUUGAAUAAAGGGGAGCGCCCAGUGUUGACUUCAGCAGCUCCGAUCUAGUGAGCCAUCCUCACUCCGUCUCUGAAAACAAGUUCUCGAGGGUCCCUGGAAGGCUUUGUCUCAGAAGGAUGCUGAUGGAAUGAAAAGCCAGAUUCCACUACAGGGUAGACGUUUUCUUCAAGUAUGAGACACAAGCAACCAAGCCACCCUUACAGUGGAAGUUUUCUGAAUUCACUGCAAACAUGCCAAGCGGUCUCACCUGCCACAACAGCUGAUGUCACCCAUCGGGGUAGUCCCCCUUACAAGGUCCAGGCUUGGCCUCAGGUUCUUCAUGCAGCAUUUCAGACAGCCUGUCCCAGAGGGAGGUGGCAUGAAAGAUGGAACCUGGUUUACUACCUAACUGCCUUUGUGGACUGGACCAUUGCUUUCCAGCAGGCAGGCAUGGUCCUUAAUAUUCCUUCUCUGAUGCUGUGGUACAGCUCCAAGGAUGCCAGAUUCUCACCUGUCUCCAACAGAAUCGGAGAAGGAGGAGGAGGAGGAGG